CAACUCUGUGCCUCGCUAUCGCUAACCUUUUUUCUGACUUGUUAACUUCUCUUCCUCUUUUUUAAGGGGUAUCGAACUCUUUGCAACGGAAAAUCCUUCUGCAUACUUGGCCCUUCCGUCUUACUCACCAAUGCCUAACUUAUGACGCUCCGCUAUUGGCGAUACAAUAGCUUAAGACUCCGUCUUGGUUAUACUAAAAUCAUUCCCUUGUCGCCGUCAUUCCCUUUUCCCCCCCCACUUGAUGAAGGCUGGACGGGACGAACGAGCUAGGAGACUAGAGGAUCCCUAAACCGUGGAGAUUGUCUAGAGUCCGGCCACCGACCGCCCCGCCCGAGUAUUUUCGGAGCUUGGGAAAAAAAAAAAUAAUUGCCUUUUUAUUUGAUUUUAUCUCAGAUUUAUUUAUUGUUUGAUUAUUUUGAUUAUUAUUAUUGGAGUCUCAAUUCCAUUAUACCCAGAACCCAUCUCCAAUUCUCGAACAAAAAAAAAAGUCAACACCUCCCAACAAUCAACGGACCAUUAAUCGCCUGCUAGAGAAAUCCCCCGCCAAUGACCCUGACAAUACUGUGAAUUCAAUCCGACUAUUAUUUUCCGUCUCCUUGUCACCACCACUGCGUCUCCACACUAAAAUCGCGGGGCGCAGGGGAAUAAAAAGAAGCAAAUCGCAACAGAACCCAGAAUCGAGGAAAAACGGACGACGCAUUACGGGCUUUAACGAACAACGAGAACGGAACCCUCCGCCGCCAUGGGCCUGUUUAAGCGCAAUUCCAAAAACUCGGUGCAAAGUGACAAGGACGAGCAGGAGUCAUUCGUCUCUGUGAACAGCGCCCGAACCUCCAACACUUCUAUCCGAUCCCCUGGAUACAAGGGCAGUGGCCUACCGGCUUCCAUCCCCGAGAUGCCCAUUGCGAAACCGCCCGACCCGGCAUUGGACCCCGCCGCCUAUCUCCGCAGCAUUCACGCCGUGCGCGAACGUGCUAAUAUUGUCCUCGAUGCGGCUAAGCGCAACCGGUUGAACCAUUUCGACGUUGACAUGAGCAAGUUCAAGGCGACGGCGCAAUAUGUGGUGUCUAUUAUCAAGCGAGACUAUGCUCCCGAUUAUCAGAAUAUCCCUCCACACGGCCGCUGGCAACACUUUGACGUCGGUGGUAGACCCCGGAUCAAUCAAUUGCUUCAGUCUUGGCCUAGUAGCAUUGACUCGCAAGAGCGUACUCGCCGGCUGAUUGACCUGUUCGUGGUUUCUGUGCUACUAGACGCCGGUGCCGGCACCAAGUGGUCAUAUAAGUCCAAGGAGUCUGGCAAGGUGUAUUCGCGUAGCGAGGGUUUGGCCGUCGCCAGUCUGGAAAUGUUUAAAUCUGGCCUUUUCAGCAGCGAUCCCACGGAGCCAUGUCAAGUGGAUGGAGCGGGCCUUAAGAAGGUUACCGUCGAGAAAUUGGCGAAGGGGAUGCAGCAUUCAGAGCAAAACCAUCUGGCCGGUAUUGAAGGGCGCGCUGGGCUAUUAGUACGCCUGUCGGAGGCACUCAACAACCAGGACUUCUUUGGUGUGGAUGCACGACCUGGAAAUAUGCUAGAUUACUUGCUCGGACACCCAUCGACACUCGCCUCGUCGGUGCCUAUCGUUCCUAUCACUACGCUGUGGUCUGUUCUCAUGGACGGCUUUUCCUCCAUCUGGCCACCUUCACGGACACAGAUUGAUGGCGUGGCUAUCGGCGAUGCCUGGCCGAGCUCACUCCUUCCUCAGUCCCCACCCGCCCCUGCAUGGGAAAACAUCAUUCCGUUCCACAAGCUGACGCAAUGGCUUUGCUAUUCGAUUAUGGUGCCCAUGUCCAAGCUGAUGGCCAUUCAUUUUGCCGGCAGCGAUCUCUUGACUGGUCUGCCCGAGUACCGCAAUGGUGGUCUUCUAAUUGACAUGGGUCUUUUGAGCCUGAAAGAAGCUGAUAUGGAACGUGGUCUCCGGUCAUUCAGGGAGAAUGCCCAAAUUAAGGGUCAGCCUAAUAUGGAGGUGGUGCCUUUGUUCUCGACCGAUGACGAUGUCAUUGUGGAGUGGAGGGCCGCCACCGUCGGUUUCUUGGAUGAGCUCCUGGACGAGGUUAACACUCAGUUGGGACUCACUAGUGCAGAGGAACAGCUCACCCUAGCACAGAUGCUAGAGGCUGGAACAUGGAAGGGCGGCCGUGAAAUCGCCGAAGUCUCCAGGCCAAACACCAAAGAGCCACCCAUCAUGAUCCGCUCUGAUGGCACCGUCUUCUAAUGCAUUAUACGUACGAGUUAAUGGAUGAUUGGAUAACUGACGGAGCACCGAUCCAACCCUAUACUUCUUUUCUUACUCGGGAUGGGUGCUCUGACCUAACUUUAUGAACCGUUGAUGACCUUCUCUUUCCUUCUCUUUUGUCUUUCUUCCGCUUCAUUUCAAUCUUCUUGAUUACGCUUCUUUCAUGGAUGGCCUCCUCGUUGCUUGUGUUUGUUUACAGCUUCUUGGGCUUCUGGAUGGUUCCUUUUCUUCUUUUUUUUUUCUCUACUUCUUCCGAUCGAGGCCUUUUGCAUGCAUAGUGUCGCUGUAUCAGCAGCACGCAGUUGCGUUUCUUUUCCGGAUACCACCCUUUGAUUACAUUUUUCCACUUCUAGAACUUGCUUACAACAGCUAUUUUUGUCCUUUUGCACCCUUUAUAUAGCUGCCCUCUUAACAUGUGAAUUCUUCUGAAGCAUCUUUGACUGCAUGCAAUCUCCUCAAUACAG